AUGUCUGACCUCCCCAACUUCAAGGGCCUCGACGAGACGCUCCCGGUGAAGACACAUCAUGCCGUGUACUCGGGCAUCGACCCUAAGGUUCACUUCACGAACAAGAGCUAUGCCGGCAAAGUUGUACUCGUCACUGGUGCUUCUCGUGGCCUCGGUGCCAGCGCGGCAAAGCAUUAUGCGCGUGCAGGUGCCUCCGUCUCGAUCGUUGCACGUAGCGCCGACCUUCUCGAGCAAGUGCGCGCCGAGAUUGUGAAGGGCACUCCCGGUGCGCAAGUCUUGACGUUCACCGUCGACGUCAAAGACCCGGCCGCGGCGGAACGUGCGAUUGAAGAGACGGUCAAGCAGUUCGGCAAGCUUGAUGUGCUCGUCGCCAAUGCUGGAGCUUGCCUUCCCUUCGAGAAGCGUGUCGGCGACCGCGAGGACUCGCUUGGCUGGUGGGCGACCUUCGAGGUCAACAUCUUCGGCGUCUACAACUUCGUGCGCCCUGCGCUGAAGCAUCUCGAGAAGAGCGAGGGCUACGUGGUGGUAGUGAGUACCAUGACGGCGCAGCUGCGGAUCCCGACGGCGUCUGACUACGGCGUGAGCAAGCACGCAAUUGGUCGUUUCGUCGAGUACGUUGCACUUGAGCACCCCAGCGUGAAGCCGUUUGCCGUCCAUCCCGGGGCUGUCGACACGGAGCUUUCACGCGAAUCUGGCGCCGACAGGAAGUGGUUCACCGACCCACCCGAGCUGUCGAGCGGCACGUUCCUUGCCUUGACCUCCGGCAAAUACGACUGGCUGCGUGGCCGCUUCUACGACUCGACCUGGGACAUCGACGAAGUCGCACAGCUGAAGGAGAAGAUUCUGAAGAACGACGCGUUGGUGAGCAAGUUGGUUGUUAAGCUGGAUUAG